AUGCAUCGACUUUUUGCUGAGCUGGAGCCAUCUGUGACCGUCACCGAGCAAAAUCUGGCAGACCGAGUUCGGUAUAUCUUGCGCUCAAAUACAUUUGAUGUCGCCGAACUCGAACGGCUACGACGUGAGGCUGUUCCCUCAUCGGGUGAAAAUGCUGCGGCUGAGGAUGCGGCGCCACAACUUGCUGAGCAAACGGCAAAUGUGAAUGCCGCCGUGAAUACGCCAGUUGUGGUUGAUUCAAACGAUGAUGGAACAGUCGCCCAGGAACUGGAACUAGAGCAAAUGAGGAGUACAUUGGAAGAGGCGAUUGUGGAAACGCGCAGUACGACUCUCGAAAAUCGACCGCGACUUCCCCGCUUAGCCCUAAGCAAGCGGAAUCGGGCUGUCGUGAGGGCUCUGAACCCAAUGCUGGUUACCUAUUUGGAAGCCAGCCGGGACCUUUGCGAUACGGACUCAAUUCUUUUUGGCGCCGCACUGGCAUUCUGCCGUAUUAUAGGCGCCAAACUUUCCACGGCUGGACGCGCUAUUGGACAAAGUAGUGCUAUCCCAGCCUGGAGAAUAAGAAUUAAAGAACGUAUCGCAAAGGCUAAGGCCCUCAUCGGCAGACUGAUAUGCUUCAGGUCAGGCAAUACCAGGCCAAGGAUUGUGCGCACCGUCAGGAUGGCGUUUGCUGGGACAAAUGUUAGUUUGUCCCAGCCGGAUAUAAUGCAAAAACUGACGGAGCGCAUAGACGACCUGAAGCAAAGAAUAGCUGCUUGGGGAAAGCGGAUUCGGCGAUAUACCGAGAGGUCGACACGGUUCAACCAGAAUCGUCUCUUCCAGAGUGAUCAGAAGAGGCUCUAUAAAUCAUUGGAGCGACCAAUAGUAAGUGGAACGGGCCCUGCACCAAAUCAGGCCGACAUGGUCGCAUUCUGGCGCAGCCUGUGGUCAGAGCCCGUAAACCACAACGAGGGCCCUUGGACGGAAGUUGUGGCGAGUCAGUGUGCGAGUAUUACGCCCAUGGACCCCGUCAUCAUAACGCCGGAUGACGUAGCUGAGGCGGUCCGUAGGGCCCCGAACUGGAAAAGUCCGGGGCUUGACGGGCUGCAUCACUACUGGCUGAAGGGGUUUAUGAACUUCCUCGCGGAGAUGCUUGUCGAGCCCGAAAUGUCGAGUAUUCUUGAAAGCGUAUUCUCGGGUCAUGUGCAUGAAAUUCAUAACCUUUAA